UAAAAACAUUUCGUUUGACGAGUGGCAAUGUUUAGCAACCCUGCCUUUGUUUGCAGUGUGGCAACACCAGAAACGCCAUACUUCUAAAAUGCUCGUUUCGUGCUCGUGUAUUUUAUCCGCAUAAUUCUUGAAACUGGCAAAGACAACGGCAAGCCGCAUUUUGAAUACUUCCACGCUACACUUACUUUAAAUCUGCAUGGCAUAUGACACUUGUAAAAAAACGCGCGCACAUUAUAGAAACGUAUUUUUUGGGAAAAAGCGAUAGCAGAAAAAAAUUCAAAGUGUGGUGAAAAUACGAUUUACGCAUCUUAACUGUGUAAAGUCAGCUGCGGCUGUCAAAAGUUGGCGUGCGUGGUGAGAAUUAUUGUGGGCCGAUUCGCCGAAAACAAAACAAGCACAACAAACAGAAUUAUGAACAUUCAUUUGUCAACAAACAGACACUAACCAAGAUUGUGUGAUAACACGUACGUGUGUGUGCGUGCGUGUGUGUGAUACAUAAUGAAUCGUUACGGUUAUGGAUCGACCAAUCGCCAGAGAGGCGGCUUUCUGGAACCACAGAUGCCGCCAUUCUUCAACCGUUACUGCCCGAUGCCCUACAAUAAUUAUUCACAGUUUAAAUACAAUAACUACAACAAUAGUUGUAACUAUGGGCCUAUGGGUCAAACCGGCCACAAUCACUACUGCGAUCCACACAUGCCACCCUGCCAGCAUUCUCAUGGCGGUUGGCAGCCGCAAACUCCACAGGCUUCAGUUCCAAAAUCGACACUGGCAUCAGAAAAUCAGGAUGUUGUCACACUUAUAGUGGCGAAUAACAAUCUGAAACGUAUGACAGUGCGGCAUCUGGAUAUCAUGCAGCAGCAGUCAGAACGUCUGCUGGCCAAAGAAAAAGAAAAGGAGGAGCAAAGUGAAAAGAUUAAAACCUUGUUUUCGCAAAAUCAAGACCUGAUGCAGCAGAUAGCUGAGCUAGGCCAGACCAUUGAGGACUUGCACAAGCAAAUGCGUCAGAGCAGGAAACGCCCCGCUAGUGAGGACGACGAGGAGCGGCAGCGGAGUACUCCCAAGGCGAAGCUUUCUUGCCACGUGGAGACACAAACACAAUGGCUAGAAGAGCCGCCACAGAAUCAAUUGCAGUCGCAUCCGCCUUUAAAGCAGAAAGUGCUGGUCACAAGCGUUACGGAGUUGCCGCCCACGACACCAGCGGGGCGUGUCGUCUUUAAUGGCGGUAAAAAGGUUAGCACACUAUUCUUGCACCGCGUGAAUCAGGAAACUACGAGUCUGCAGCAAUUGGAAGAGGAGCCCCACGCGCAUGAGGAACAGCAGGAGCACGGGGAACUCCAGGAGCACGAGGAACAGCAGGAGCACUAUGAAGAUGGGAUUCACGAUGGUGGCGAUGACAACAAUGAGGAGCUAGAGCUUGUAAUUACGCAGGACGCAGAUUCGGAUGUGGAGGAAGAGACGGAAGCAGAUGAGAUGCAAUUAAGAAUGGAAGAGGAGGAAGCGGAAGAAGAAGCAGCGACUGAUGAGCCAGAUGAGUAUUUGUAUCACGAUGCGUUGGAGACUCAGGAAAUGCAAGUUGUAGAGGAAACAGUCAUUGGCGCUGAAGAGGAGCUGGAAAUUGAUGACAGCUAUAUUGUUAACAAUGGCCACAGUUUCGAAGAAGAGGUGACUGUCGAACAGGUGGAUGAAGACGAAGGGGGAGUCGUUAUAAGCAAUUUGCUAUGGCAGGACAAAGCGUCGUUCACGACGGAUAAGCUUAAUCAGCCUGAGUGCGAAUCAGAGUCACAGCAAACUAAUCCAAUCCAGGAAGAGGAUUUGCUGACAAAUAAUGUGCAUCAUGAGGAAGAUUCGCUGACAAAUAAUGUGCAUCAUGAGGAGGAUUUGCUGCCAAAUAAUGUACAUCAUGAGGUGGAUUUGCUGCCAAAUAAUGUGCAUCAUGAGGAUGAGAAAGUGGAACAGAAACCACUGAAUAAUAAGCGAGGUCUCGCACAGACGCCUUACAAGCUGAGGCUGCCUAGAAAAUCAACUCGAACUGAUGUCCGAAGCAAACUGCAUAUCCUUAAGGCGCGUAAUUUCCGGCAGCUUUUCUCAGAGACGGAACAAAUAACGAUAGCAAAUGCACCUCACGAGGGCCCUAAAUUAGUUCUGGGAGAUCUGCUGCACGAUCACCAUAAAAUAGGAUUAAUGCGAGACCUAGAACUGAUGCGAAGGCAUAAUUUACAAGAUGAUUCGCAACUGGCACUGAAAGCACGUGAAUUGGAGGCGGAGCGCAAGCGGGCACGGGAGCUGGAGAUAGAAGAGCGAAUUAAGGAACAAAAGCAAAAGCUGGAUAAUGAAAAGAAGCAAAGGAUGCAGGAAUCACAAGAACAUGAGCAACUUGAGUUGCAAAAAGAGUGUGAGCUGCAAAAGAAGCGGGAACGGCAAAAAAAGCGUAAGCUGCAGAAAAAGCGUGAGCUUAAAAAGAAUCGUGAGCUGCAAAAAGAGAUUGAACGUCAAAAGGAGCUGCAGAAUGAGAGUGAGCUUCAAAAGGAUUGUGAGCUGCACAAAGAGCAUGAUCUUCAAAAAGAGCGUGAGCUACAUAACGAGAGUGCGCUUCAAAUAGAGAACACAUUGCAAGAGAAGCGGGAACUGGAAGAGCGUGAGCUCCACAAGGAGAGUGAGGUGCAGAAAGAGCGUAAGCUGCAGAAAGAUAGUGAUUUGCAGAAUGAGAGUGAGCUGCAGAAAGAGCCUCAGCUGGAGAAGGAGCCUGAACUGGAGGAGCGAGAGCAGCAGAAAGAGAGUGAGCUUCAAAAAGAGCGUGAGCUGCAGAAAGAGAGUGAACUGGAGAAGGAGGUUGAGCUGCAAAAAGAGCUGGAGGUAGAGAAGGAGAGUGAGCUGCAGAAAGAGCAAGCAGAGCGUGAACUGGAGAAAGAGCCUAAGCUGGAGAAAGAGUCUGAGCUUCAAAAGGAGACUGAGGCUCAAAAUGAUGGUGAGGAGCAAAAGCAACGAGAGCAGCUAGAGCUACAAAGACAGAAAAAAGAAAGUGAACUGCACCAGGAGCGUGAGCGUGAACGUGAAAACCCAAAACAAAGUGAACCAUUAACGCCAGAUCCAGACAUCGAAGAGACAAUGCGCAAGCUGCAGGAACACCUUCAAAAGCAACAGCAGAAACUUCAAAACUGCCAACAACAGCCAAUGGUUCGCCUUAAGAAAUCCACACUGCAUACUAGAAUUAGUAGCAGCGGCGCGCCACUCAUCUUUCCACCGAUUGCCCCAGCAACUCUCACACCAGCGGCGUCGCCUACGAAUGCCGCUUCGCCCAAGCCCAGCAGCAAGCUCAACAGUCCUGCAGCAGCAACAGCAACAACAACAAUAAAUACAACUAUACAGACGCCACUAACGCCGCAAUCUAUCAGCAGUGUGGGUAGUGGCAGCAACAGUAGCAGCAGUAGCAGCAGCAACCACGGCAACGACAACAGCAGCAAUGGCAAGAGCACGAGCACGAGCACGAGCACAAUUCUUAACAACAACAACACCGACACGUUUAGGUACAGAAGUUCUUACUACAACAGUCCAGCAAGUCAGCAUGAGCUCUUCCGUACUUCCAAUUUUCCGUAUACGACACGCUCGUGGGAGGAUCAGGAGAUACACUGCGAUAAUGAGUUUUUUCUGGAAGAGGCCGAUGAGUUGCUGGUAGAUGAUCCCGAACUAGAGAUACCUGAGUGGCGUGUGGUUAAGUACAAGCCAUCAACCAUAGACCACAAAAAAGAGUCGAUAACCGAUGCUGACUUUGUGCGUCGCCACGAAAAGCAUGUUAAGGAUGAGAUUGAGCGCAAGAAGCGGGAUGCGCGCUAUUUGCGCGAACAAAGCCGUAGCGAGCAGCUGCGUAGUCGUCACAAUCAGGAUGUGGUACUGGUGCAACUAGAUCCUCUGCCCACGUCCACAUUUUAUCCAUUGCCCGAGGACAUUGAAAGCUUACAGUAUGUCACCGAUGUGCCGGUGCAAGCGUUUGGUGAGGAUAUUGUAAAUAUGCGCGAUAAGGCCGGAUACUUUGUGCUGCCUUGGCUGGAAGCGGGGCAAGCAACAACGCCCGAAGCCAAGGCUAAGGCAGAUGCGCUACCCGUGGCCACAUUGGCCAGCAAAAAGUUACCCUUAACGGCGGCUGAGAAAAGCCAUCAGGAGAUGAACUCGUCCUAUGUGUUUCUCAAGCGACGCAAGCGUCAGCAACGACGCUGAAACGGCUGAGAUAAAUAUAAAAUUAUUUUUUUUUACACAAUUUUUUUUUUAUUAAUUUUAAGUUUAAAGUUUAAACAGUCGUUAGUUUCUAGAGACUCUAAAGCAAUCAUGCAAAUUUACGUAAGACAAAACAUUUAUGUUAAAUAUUUAUAACAAAGAUGGAGAACUACAACAAUAAUCAGCAUCUCGGCUUCAUCACAGCCUCAGCAGCAAGAAAAAUUAUUAGCAAAAAAGCAGAGCGGAGCUAUCAAUUGGCUAGGCAAGAUCUUCAAAUUUCUAUUAUACAAUACAUACAUUUGUAACAUUUUACAAAACAGUUGAUAUAUUAUAAUUUUUAAGCAAUUCCAAAAUGUCAACAAUUCAAUUCAAUAGUGUUUAUUUAAUUUACAGCUCUGUAUGCUUUGCACACACCCACACAUUCAUACUUAUUAUGUUUGAUGUACUAUAUCCAUGCAUUAACCAUUUUGUAUGCAAUUUCAUUUGCCACAACUAUUGUAUUUGUUGAAAAGAAACGAUGCUUUUUUUUACUGAUAUUUUUUAUUUUGUGUGCAUGUGAGCGUUAAAUUCGUUACUCAGGUAUGUGUGUAUGCGAGCGUGUAUAUUGUUCAAUUUUUAUAUCGUGAAUGAGCGUGUGUGUAUAAAUGCAAUUUUCUUAAGUAGGAGAAAAACAUUAAAUAAUUUUAUGUUUAGCAUAAAAAAAGCAUCGUAUCUCUCUCA